UACAUUAUUAUAUCAUUCUUUCAUUUCAUUCUCAUUUCUUGCUGGAAAAAAAAAAUCCUACUUUUCUUUACACACUGAUUAAUUAAGCUACCUUAAAUUAGCUUCCAUCUCUUACUUCCUACUAUACAGAAAGAACUAUGGCAAAGACAAAGAACAGUGAUGCAGCAACGUUGUUCUCUCAGAAAGAAGUCCUCGGACGGCAAAAACUCGGCGCCUUUCUUUUCUCGGAUCCCGCCUUUUUAAGCGACCAUCACGAAGAUAGCGAUGACAGCUCGCCGCGCCGUCGUAGUAGCAGCGGCGCAUCCUCCGCUCCCAGCCCAACUCGCUUUCUGGCCGCCGCUGGGAGUCCCAGUAACAGCAGCACUCCCUACUCCCCUUUUCUCAUGUCCCCUUGGAGCCAAGUGGCCGCCUCUCCGUAUGUUAAAUCGCCGUGGAUUCUUCAACUUCCGGUCCAAUCUCCGGUUUGCAUCGACGGUAAAAGCAGCCUCAUCGGAUCGAUUGUCCGAGAAGAAGGACACGUGUACUCGCUAGCAGCUUCGGGUGAUCUUCUGUACACGGGUUCGGAUAGUAGAAACAUCCGGGUCUGGAAUAAAUUUGAGGAGUAUUCCGGGUUCAAGUCGAAUAGCGGGUUGGUGAAGGCGAUUGUUGUGUGGGGUGGCAAGAUUUUUACGGGUCAUCAGGACGGUAAAAUUCGGGUCUGGAAAGCUUCGGGUCUGACAAAGAAGAGUUAUACGCGUCUUGGUAGUUUACCUACCACUAAGGAUUAUAUCAAAUCCUCCAUGAAUCCCAAAGCUUACGUGGCAGUCCGAAGAAACCGGAGCGUUCCGUGGAUCAAGCAUUUCGACGCCGUUUCCUGCAUGAGCGUAGAUUUGGAUCAAGGAUUACUCUAUUCCGGUUCUUGGGAUAAAACAGUGAAGGUGUGGAGAUUACGCGAUUCGAAAUGUAUCGAAUCCGUUAAAGCCCAUGAUGACGCCGUCAACGCGGUGGUCGUUGGGUUCGACGGAUUUGUCUUCACCGGCUCGGCUGACGGAACGGUGAAAGCAUGGAGGCGAGAACUGGUCGGAAAAGUGACGAAGCACGUGCUGGUGGAGACGCUGUUGAAUCAAGAAAGCGCCGUGACGUCGUUGGCGGUGAACGCCGAGGCGGCGGCGGCGGUGUACGCGGGUUCCUCCGACGGGCUGGUGAACUUCUGGGAACGGGAGGAGCACUUCGUGGAGUACAGAGGCGCGCUGAGGGGUCACAAACUCGCCGUGCUGUGCUUGGCCGGCGCGGGGAGUUUGGUGGUGAGCGGGUCGGCGGACAAGAGCAUAUGCGUGUGGCGGAGGGAGGAAGGCGGGGUGCACACUUGUGUCUCCGUGCUGACGGGGCACACUGGGCCCGUCAAGUGCUUGGCGGUUGUCGAGGAAGACAAUGAUGAUGCCGCGGAGGAUGGACGGUGGAGAUUGUACAGUGGGAGUUUAGAUAAAUCCGUCAAAAUUUGGAGGCUGUCGGAACACAUUCCAGACGCGCAAGAGAUGUAAAUGGUAGGUUCACGCACCAACAGCCAACAGGAUGGUAGUUACAAGCAGUUACUUUAGACGCCGACAAAAUUGACAGUUGAGCCGACGUGAUGACUUUGGACAAGAUGGGAAGCGGGGGGUUCACACGGUGAAAACUGAAAAGAAAACCGGCCAAAAUAUUAGCAACGCAUCAGUAAAAAGCAGCGGAAGUUACCAUACGUGCAAAUAGGAGAGAGUGAAAAGUUGAGGUUGAAGAUGUAAAUAUCAUAAUUUUCAAUUUUCAAUGUAAAUGUGAAAUGGGACAUCUCUUGAUUUAAUUUUCAAUGUAAAUGUGAAAUGGGACAUCUCUUGAUUUUUUUGUUACUAAGUUUUGUAAUUGUGGGUUUCGUUGUAAAUAUGUGGGAUAACUAGUCUUUGAACAUUAUAUGAUGCCACAAGUUUGUGUGAUGAUUAAAGUC